UUUUUUUAAAAAAAAACAAAUAUUUCGAAUUGUGUAAAUUUUCUUCUUAAUAAUAAUUACUUUUUCUUUAUUUCUUUAAAAUGCCAAUGACGACUAAUUUUGAGUCAGAAUUUUCAACACAACCAAUACAACAAUCUACCAGGAGAAAACCUCUUGCAAAAAAUAGGCUCUCCGAUAUUCGUCGUAGAUUUUCAUCAUUCUCUCCUCGAAAUUCAAUUAUAUUUUUGAAACCUGAUAUACAAAAAGAAGAAACAAAUUUCUUUUUAUUUGUCAAAGACAAUAAUAAUUCGUCUCAAACGAAGCAUAAAAGAUCAAUUUCAGAGUCAUAUAAAUUUGACUUUGAAGAUUUUGAUGACUUUGAUGACUUUGAUGACUUUGAGGACUUUAAUUUCGAACAAUAUACUCCCAUUUUUACGAGAAAUAAAAAUCAAAUGAACAAAAAUUAUGAAGAACCAACAAAUGAAGUUAUCUUGGAUGAACCUUCUUCAUCUUUAAUUAAAUCUGUAAUAAGAAGGUUUACUAAACUUAAGAAGAAACACGAUGAGGAUAAAGAAUAUCAAGAUGGAAAAACUAAUCCUUUUGAAUAAUUAAUUUAAUGAAUAUAUUUGGUAAGAUAUUGGAAUUAUAGCUUAGUAUAAUUUGCAAAAUUUAUUUAUAUGUUAUAUAUUUAUGUUAUUACUUAAUUAAGUUGUACAUUUUUAAUUUUUCGGGUUAUAUCGUAAAAAGAUAAUACUAAACCUUAUAUU